GAGGACAGUCUCAGGGCCGUCUGGGAUGUAGACGUCGAUGAGGUCCUGGGAGUCGAAUGCGUGGAUCUGGCCUUGGCAGGCAGCCACGAUGGAUGGGGGGAGGAAGGGGAGGAACCUAAGCCACGCGUCCGUGAGGACAAGUAUCGCCCACUGAAGUGCAGAUACUGA